GCUAUGAAUCAGAAGGUUGUACUGAUCACCGGUUGUUCCUCUGGUAUUGGAUUGUCACUUGCUGUUCGUAUUGCGAGUGAUGAGAAGAAGAGGUUUAUGGUGUAUGCCACCAUGAGGAACACGGCUAAAGCAGAAGCUUUGGAAGAAGCAGCAGGUCAAACUUUGGGCCGAACGCUGGAGAUCAAGCAGUUGGAUGUGUGUGAUGAAAACUCCAUUAGAGCCUGUGUGGACAGUCUGCCCAUGGGCAGAAUUGACAUUCUCAUUAGUAAUGCGGGAGUAGGAAUGAUCGGCCCCGUUGAGUGUCAGACCAUUGAAGAGAUGAAAAGUGUCAUGGACACAAACUUCUUUGGGCUUGUGCGACUCUUGAAGGUGGUUCUGCCUGAUAUGAAGAGGAGAAAAAGUGGCCAUAUAGUGGUCAUCAGCAGCAUCAUGGGGAUUCAGGGUAUUUUGUUUAAUGACAUUUACGCUGCUUCCAAGUUUGCUGUUGAAGGGUUCUGUGAAAGUCUGGCGGUUCAAGCUAUGAGAUUCAAUCUCAAUAUCAGCCUCAUUGAACCUGGACCCGUCGUCACAGAGUUUGAGCGUAAGGUGUAUGAGAAAGGAAUGAAGAUAGACCUCUCCAAAGUUGAUAAAGUGACUGCAGAUAUGUUUACCAACACCUAUUUGAAGAAUUACGACCAGAUGUUUAAGAGUUUUGGACAAACACCAGAGGACAUUGCAGAGCAUGCAUUCAAAAUGAUUACCAUGGAGAAUCCACCAUUUCGGCAUAAGACUAAUGAUAUGUACACACCCAUGACCACCCUGAAAUAUGCAGAUCCAAACGGUGACCUUCCCAUUGAAAGCUUCUACAAGAUGAUUUUUCAACAUGACAAGGUGUUUAAAGCAAGUCUCAAUAUUCUCAAGCUCCUACGCUGGAGGAGCCGUAAGAGCAUUACACUGGAUAAAGAAAAGACUGCCUCUUAAAGAAUAUUCUG